AUAUCCUGGAAUAUCUAAAGAAUCCGACAUACGAACCGUCUCGCUACCCCUGGCCUAACCGAGUGUUCACGCAAGUAUAUGAGUGCGAAGGAAAUUGGGCAGGCUAUAACUGUGACGAAUGUAAGUUUGGGUACGUGAGAACGCCAAUGGGACAGGGCGGUGUUGCGCAAUGUGUGAAACGCCAGACACCCCUAGUGCGGAGAAACUUUCUCACCCUGAGUCCUUCAGAGCGCGAUGAUGUGCAGAAACUCGUUGCUGCCUCUCGAAAUAGAACGGGGGCUGGUAAGAGUCGCUUUGGCGUGCUAGUGGAUGAAAGUCACUUUCCUCGCACCCCAGGCACCAGGAGUCGAUCACAACUCACCAGCGCUGAUUUCAAGACGGAUAUCUCUACAUACGAGUUCAUGGCAUGGAUACACUACUUCGCCUCCAAGGACAGCGGCGCCCCACCAACGGGGUUUCCCCAUGUGUACAUUGACUUUGCCCACAGAAAUCCCUCUUUCUUGGUAUGGCAUCGGUUGUACAUGCUGCUGUUUGAGGCUGAGCUGCAGUUGGUGUCUGGAAACUCAUCAUUCGCCCUUCCGUACUGGGACUGGUUAGACAAUAGUACCAGGGACACCUUGCUCACAGAGAACAAGUUUGGCAACCCAACAGGCCUGACUGGAGUACUGGCAGACUUCACUGUCACCUGCUAUGCUGCUUCAUUCUAUCCUUGGGCCACACGGCGUGGUAGGAACAGUUUGGGCGAGCGGCGUGGUAAGAACAGUUUGUGCACACGCGGAGAGUUUGAUUCCACAGUCAAGGUGUCCAGGAAAUUUGGCCCUUGUGAAGAGACGCAAUUCCUUCCCAGCAACCGAGAUAUCUGGGACGUAUUGACAACCACCGACAGAUACGAUAUGGAAAAGUAUAAUAUAAGUUCGACCGGAUACAACAGCUAUCGCAAAGUUUUGGAGGGUUCCACUCCAUUGCCUGGCAAGAAGUACUGUCAAAACCGAUGGUGGAAUACUGUUCACGAACUUCACAAUGCCGUGCACAUCUAUACCAGUGGAACCAUGGGCAAUUUGGGGGCUUCACCAAACGACCCACUCUUUUGGCUUCAUCACAGUAUGGUGGAUAGAGUGUUUGAGAUCUUCAUCAAGAGGAACGGUGAGACAUACACACCGACAGUGGGUGCACCACCAGGUCACAAUGCUGAUGACUGUAUGGUGCCGUUCUAUCCCCUGCAUCGUAACAAGGACUACUUGAAACUGUCAAUGGAGCUUGGCUACCAGUAUGACAGUCUGCCAGAAUACGCACAUGAACCUGUCCGACACGAGUGGAGUCAAUGCGCAGCCAAUGAGCCAACAUAUGUACCUAGACCGACAACUAGUGAACCGACUGCACCUAGUCCUGCAACAGGCAGCCAUGUCAGGGGUGCCGCAAAACCUUCCAGGGUGGUACGGUAAGCCAGCGAAUGUGUAGAUCUGUUGAUGUCUGAUUGGAAAGAGCAACUGCAGUGCAUGGAUCUGCUGCUUUGCCGCUCUGCUUUUCUGGCAAGCCUUGACGUUGACAUGUACGCUCCCAAUUGCGCAUUUCAACUAGUUCACUAGAGUAGCUAGUAUCUCGAAAAUCUCUCUCACUCCUGCUUUGUCUCUUAGCAAGGUGUGGGCUUAUAUGCAAGAGAACAUGAAUUCAUCAUUGUUUUCUACAUGUAUUAC